CCAAACUCUCUCUUAGCAACCGGAUCGUUAAACAGAGGAAAAGCCCUCCUGAUGGAUGAGACGGUGAAGCCUCUGAGGAUUCCUCCUCAAAUGUCCGUCUACGCUGACAAACACAACAUCUUCCACCUGCUCCAGUCAAUACGCUCACAUGUAAUCCUGUACUCUCAGAGUAUGUUGUCUGGGCUGGUGGUAGAGCAGCCUGCAGACCCCCUCAGCUUCCUGAUCGCUCUGCUGCAGAGGAGCAGCACUGACAUCCCCAGAGUGCUGCUGCUCGGCCCUCCUGCUGUCGGCAAACACACCAUGGCCCAGCGGCUGAGUGCUGACCUGAGAGCUGUGCAUGUGACCUUAGAGAGUCUGCUGAGCGACCAAUCAGAGCUCAGCGCUCAGGCUCGCCGUGUCCCGCCCACUGAGCCACUUCCUGUAGAGCUGCUGCUGAGGCUGGUCCAGAGGAGGCUGGGAGAGAUCGACUGCUUCAGUCGGGGCUGGGUGUUGGAGGGUAUCCCUCAGACUCAUCUUCAGGCUCUAAGUCUGCAGCAAGCUGGAGUCCUCCCCGAGCAUGUUGUGAUGUUGGAGGCUCCUGAUGAUGUGUUGUUGGAGAGGAGUCGGGGGAAAAUGGUGGACCCACUGACCGGAGACGUGUACCACCGGACCUUCAUCCUGCCACCGGACGCCUCGGUGGCUCGCCGCCUGGAGGAGCGUCGCCCUGCAGAGCCGCAGAGAGACACCGCGCUGCAGCGGUUCCGCCGUGAGGUCCCAGGGCUGAGAUCAGCCUAUCAGAGCGUCCUGAGGGUCGUCAAUGCCGACCAACCCCACGCUGACGUUUACCAACAAGUGCUGGCUUUCGUUCGGACUCGUCGCCGCUCCAGAAUUCCCAGAAUCCUCCUGUUGGGUCCUCCGGGGUCCGGGAAGAGUCUCCAGGCCAGACUACUGUCAGAGAAAUACAGGAUGGUGGAUGUGUGUUGUGAACAGAUGCUGAGGUCUGUAGCAGCUGAGAGUUCGGCUCUGGGAGAAGAAAUACACUCGUAUCUAGAUGAUGGGAGGCUAGUUCCAGACUCCCUGGUUCUGCAGGUUCUGGAAGAGCGUCUGGGCCGGGUGGAAUGCAGCACCAGAGGGUGGAUCCUGCACGGCUUCCCCCGAGACCUGCAGCAGGCCAAGAGCCUGCAGGAGGCACUGCAGCCCAACAGAGUUUUCUUCCUGGAGCUGGCAGACGAUGUUUGUCUGGAGAGAAUCACCCUCAGAGCCACAGAUCCAGUCAGUGGAGAGAGGUUCCACGCUGUGAGCCACCCCGCCCCGAGCUCUGAGGUCCAGAAAAGACUGCAGACCAGACCUGAGGACAGCUCACACACUGUGACACACACUCUGAGGCAGUACAGGACACACACUGCUGCCUUGCAGGCAGUGUAUCCAGGUGCAGGGGUCAUUGAUGCUGAUCAGGAUCCUCUUGGUGUGUUUGAGGCUCUGCAGAGCAGACUGACGGCUGACUGACUCCUCUGUCACUAAUACCCUUGAAAUACUUUAUAACCCUACAGCUCUGAACCUCUCCUCCUGUUCCCGCUGCUGUGAUAAAUAAAUGUGCUUUCCUCUGGA